AUGCUGACCUUAGAUCACAAUGACGACACGUUACCGCUGCAACAAGAAUUAAAACACCGGUGCCAAAGUGAGAAAACUGUAAGACACGGUUCCUGCAUGAACAGAGACAAAGUACCCUCAUACUCCACCACCUCAGCACCCCAGCACCCCCUCUCCCCAGCACCCCCAGCACCCUCUCCCAGCACCCCAGCACCCUCCCAGCACCCAGCACCCCUCUCCCAGUACCCCCAGCACCCUCCCCAGCACCCCCAGCACCCUUCCACACCCCCAGCACCCUCUCCCAGUACCCCUAGCACCCCUCUCCCCAGCACCCCUAGCACCCCUCUCCCAGUACCCCCAGCACCCUCUCCCAGAUUCCCCAGCACCCUCUCCCAGUACCCCCUAGCACCCUCUCCCAGUACCCCUAGCACCCUCUCCCAGUACCCCUAG